AUGCUAAGUUAGAAGUCAGACAGCAUGUUUUCAUAGUCAUAAUAGAUGAGAUAUGAUUCUGAUUAGGAUAAUGAUAUGGCAAUGGUGCAUAUGAAGUAAAACUAAAUGGAUUUGGAGAUAAUUCACGAAGAUGAGAAAAACAUCAUAAAGCAUUUUGAUUAAAAAAUAAAGCAUAAAGAACAGAUAUCUACUCAUACAGCAUUCGCUUAAAUGAAAUACUUCUUGGGCUGUGGAUUUAAUCUUUUGUUGUACGGUGUGGGAAGCAAAAGAAAGUUUAUUAAUAACUUUAUUGCUAAAAAUAAGCUGGGAUAAAACAUCAUUAUAAUAAACGGGUUUCACUCUGGUGCUAAUAUAAAAUCACUUACUAAUCCACUAAUCAAAUUAAUUUGGAAACAGCUGUCUUAGAAAAUAUAGUCAGUCUCAUCAAACGAUGUUAUCAGUGAGAUCAUUGAGAUAUUGGACAAGCUAAGGUAGAAUGAAUUGGAUUUUAUUUACAUAGUGAUCCACUCAUUUGACAUUUCUUAGUUAAAACAAAAAGACCUAAUGAGGCUGAUUACAAAGCUUUCGCAGACUCGAAUUAUCAAAUUCAUCAUGUCAGUCGAUCAAAUUAGAGCCGGACUAAUUUGGAGUGAGACUGACUUAGACUACUUAAACUUUUAUUGCAUUUAAGUUAACACAUUUGAGGAUUUCGAUGUUGAGCUAGAGUACUAACCGCCACUCUUUAAUAUCUAAGAUAAUAACGAGGAUUUCGGGCUUGAGUUUAUUUUACAGAGUAUGACUGUAACCUAAAGAAAGAUUAUCAAGUAAAUAGCUGAAUUUCAGGUAGAUGAUUAAAAUCCAAAGGGGAGCGGUUGUAGCAUAAAAGAACUGCUCAUAAUGUGUGUUGAGAAAAUGAUAGCUCUCAGUUAAUAACAGAUUAAGGAGAUGCUAAGAGAAGCUAUUGAUCACAAACUGAUAAUUGAAAGACCUGAUGCUAAAGGAAAGAUAAUUUACCAAAUUGAAAAUCCGCUGCAGGUAAUAGAAAAACUCUCUAAUCUAAACUUGGAUUAUUGA